AUGCCUCUCAACGUACCCUCAUGGCUACGAUGGUAUCGAAAGCCUUCUUAUCGUGACUUCAAGACAUUCACUCAGACGAUCAAUGCCGACAUCGAACAAGGUGUCACGUCGAGAGCACCUUCUAUUAUCUCUCAAUCAGAUGACACCAUCCCUGGUUCACUUACCCUGGAUCGUGUCCUCGCCAACAAGACAUGUAGUCCUCUGAGUUUGUAUGAUUUUUAUAUGUAUCUCAAACACAUAGAACUAUCCCCAGAAAACCUAGAGUUUUAUAUAUGGUUCAGAGAUUACGAACGGCGAUAUCGUGAAGAUGCAAAGUCGAGUUUUCAAGAUGCUCCAGUAGCUCAUGACACAACAAAGCUACUAUCUCAGGAACGUGGCACUGCCAUAAAUGUCUACUCGACGAUCAGUCCUGAGCGCCAGCCUUCACGAGAGGAAAUUCAGAGCAAUGACUUCCAGCGGCAUGUUGAAUCCCUAAUGCCCACACAGCAUGGUGACCACGCGACAUCGUGUCAGUCGUGCAAACGGGGAUGGCAAUUAUGGUCGACAUCAUCCCCUACAUCAUCGAACACGACGCUUCACGAGUACAGCAACAAACAGGAACUGCAAGCGAUGGUAUCAUAUUUCCUGACUUCCUCAUCCCCUAGAGAACUCAAUCUCCCAGACCGUAUGCGACGAGACAUCUGUUCCAGGAUCGCUACCUCGGACGCCCCAGAGACACUUGCACCUAUCGUGAACCAUGUCUACUACCUGCUGAAGAACUGCUCCCAUCGCAACUUCAUCCGCCUUGGCGUCAAGAACGGCACAUUCGAAACUCUCUGCAUGGUGACCAUCGUCGGAAUCACAUUCAUCGCUCUCGGCUUCCUCGUCAUGCUGCUCAUUGCGUUCGCGUCACCUUCGAUCCAUCAUUCAAUCCGCUGGCGUGGCCUCGCCGCCGCACCGUUCUGGAUCAUCGGCUUCUCCUUCAUGUUCGCAGGCACGCGCGGCUCCUGUUUUCUGCUUCUUCUCUUCACACGACGACAGGAGUUGCCCUGGGAGCGUAUAUCGAACGACGAGAAAGCAGCACAUAGCCCUAGAGUCUCGGCACUCAUGAGAUUUUUCAGCAAACUCAUGAUUUCAGAAAAGAAGAUCAAAGUAAAUGAUCAGGGAUUGAGGAAUCUGCAACAUAAGAUUGUCAUUCAGAGUGUUGUGGGGUCGAUCUUCGCAACGGCGAUUCUUGAGGUGGUGUUUCUUUGCUUGCCAAUCUGGAAAUGA